ACAUCGCAGUCCACAGUCCAGCGUUCUCAGGCCUGACAAGCUCCGCAGACAUGGCAGAGAAGAAAAGAAAGGCAAGCUCGCUGGAGAGUGACCGACCGUCCAAAAAGCCGCAAACAAGCACCAUCAAAGUCACUCACCUGCGCGGGCCGGACGUCGCCAAACCUCUGGUCGCCUCGUCACCCGGUGUAAGACUUCCCUCGAACCUCAGCUUCGACGGGUUCUCCAAAAGAGAGCCGUCCGGCAGGGGUUCUAGCCUUCUCCUCCAGUCCUCCGACCAUCCGACCAUUGACUACGCAGCGACCGAGAGUGGCACGACCGAUGCCGCCGAGAAGCACGUCAGGCACUAUAUCGCCGUCUUCGACCCAGCCUCCAACAAGCUCAAAGUGGUGGAGGCCAAGAGGGUGACGGUGAGAAGCACCGUGCGCCAGGUGGACAACCAAGAAAGCGACGGGGAGGAAGACGGCGCCGAGACCAAACCCGCCCCGACGCCGUCUCGCGCGGCAUUGACGCAGGCAUUUGGGACGAAAAAGUCAAAGAGAGCCGUAGCCUCGUCAGCCGAGAACCGCCUGCUGGCCCGCGAUGGGGAGAACGUGGACAACCCUGUCUCGAACGCCAUUCUCUCCUCGAUCAAGGAAGAGGACGACCCAGCCGACAUGAUGGUCGAUGCAGGGGCCUCCGCUCGAGCGAACAAACCCCUCCCGCAGGCCAACCUCGACACCACCGACAUCACCCAAGUGUACGACCUGUCCGAGCUCGUCUUCCCGGGGCCUUACCGGACGACGCUCUCCCAGAUGCCGAUCGCAUACUGGAAAGAAUGCGCCAAGAACAAGAAGCCCGUGUCGACGCACCUGCGCUUCGUGGCGACGCGCGUCGGCUACCUGACGCAGCGCCACCUCAAGCAGCCCGACAACCCGGACGUGCUGCUCAAGCUCCAGAUCCUGCGGUACAUCCAGCUGCUGGUGGAGAUCCACAAGUACGUGUCGCACCUGCCGGCGCGGCGGCCGGUGGCGCGGCCGGAGCAAUGGCCCGCGGGGACCACGACGGGGGACAGCGCGCUGUCGACGGCGUUCAAGGCGCGGCUGAUGGCGCGGUUCUUCCCCAACCACCUGCCCAGCGCGUUCAACCGCACGCGGCUCACGGCCACCAUCCUCGCGCUGACCCUGCACGUGCCCCCGCCCGUCUUCACGCCGGGCGACACGCCGAAGACGCUCUUCGCCGAGCCGACCGACAUCACGCUGGACCUGGCCAUGCCGCACGCCGAGGUCCACAAGCUGUACCGCGAGCUGGGCUGCAAGAUCGAGGCCAUGACCGACGCCGAGCUGCAGCGUCACGGCUGGGACAAGGUCUCGCUCGUCUCCCAGAGAGGCGCUGGGGGGCUGGCCGACGACGGCCACGGCAACGGCCCCGUCAAGCUGCCCCGGCCCAAGUUCGCCAAACUGCGCUUCCCCGUCGAAUUCCCCCGCAUCAGCGCCGGCCGGCCGGGCAGGAGGUAGGAACUCUUGACUCGCCGGUCGUGGCAGUGACAACAUGAGACAGGCGAUGGGACGGGACGGAACCGCGCGGACAACGCAGGGGGUUACGUGACAAUUACAUUAGCUUUGAGACUGGACACCAUGCGCGCCGUUGCUGCCUUUUACGCGGGUAACGUCUUGCACAGACGCACACACUUGCAAGCAACCUUGUAAAUACACGAGACGGAGGUGGACAGAGGAUUGGAACACAAAAGUGUGAGAAUUACGCCUGCCUAAAAAUGGCUCAAGAAGGCGAUGCCAUGACGAUCGGAAUUACGAGACGGAGAGCGAAAGGGCGGCCAUACGUGGAAUACGGGAAGCAACACAUUUAACAAAAGAGUCCGAUCGAUCAAGAAAGCAGUGGUUUAGAAAGUCCCAAAUGGCCACUUCAUAUGGCGAUUGUAGAUUUUCCUAGGUCAUCGGGCAUCAAGCACAGCCUUGUAGCUGAGCCAGUGGCCGGAAGGUAUAUAAUGGGGCUGAAGAGCCGGACAUUUGUCCCUUUUCCCCAGACGAAGCGAACAGGGACAAAGACUUUCGAAUAUCAAAACGAGCUCGUUCCUUCUUUUUGG